AGUCCACUAGCUCAGAAACAGACGCGUCCCCUGACAAAGUGGAUCUCAACUACGUUCGUUCGCUCGGUAAGGACGAAUGGACGUGCGGCUGGACGUCGAGCGGAGGAAGAAGGAUGAAAGGAGCUGAUGUCGGACUGCGCGUUUCGGCGGAGUGAAAUCUCGGCGGAGCUUUCGUGAGAACAAUUGGAAUAUUUGGAAUCUGUGUUGCCGCGGUGGCGGAUCGUCACGUCCAGUGGAUCACAAACGCGUCUGGUGCAUCGCGAUAUGGUUAUCGGUGGAAGGCGGGGCGAUAACGCUUGAACGAUCGUGCGCGGUGUGCGCGCAACGAAAAUUACUCGCAAUCGCUCGGCCGUUCGCGCGGCCCGUUUCUCAGCAAGAAUGACGGUCGAACUGAAGAAGUUUCUCUACGGACUGUUGACCGACGUAGAGGGUUUGCACAGCAUAUUAAUUACGGACAGGGACGGAGUGCCUGUUGUAUCGGUGGCCAACGAAAAGGCGCCGGAGUUAGCCACGAGAGCCAGUUUCCUGUCCACUUUUGGAAUGGCCACGGAUCAGGGCAGUAAGCUGGGACUUGGCAAAAACAAAACCAUUAUAUGCAUGUACAGUAAUUACCAGGUGAUCCAGAUGAAUAAGUUGCCAUUGGUCGUUAGUUUUAUCGCUAGUCACAGCUGCAACACCGGCCACGUAUUGUCGCUGGAGAACAAGAUUGACCCUAUCUUAAGUAGCCUAAAGAAUGCCGUGGUGGAAGCCUGAUGGUUACCCGUUGUCCAUUACGGGUGAUAAAUGCUGAACGCUGUUCGGAUAUAAUUCUGUUGAGUAUUGCAUGAACAGUGGUCUUUCUUUUUCCAAGAACGACAGAUACGUCUUUACGCUUUCACUUGCCCGCGUUUGUUCCUAAUGUGUGCAGGUGUGUUUCGAAAAGUGAAAAUGGUUAUUAUGUAACAAUGACGUAAAGGUUUCAGUUCUUUGGGAGAAAUUCAGAGAUUGUACUCAGAGCUAGUUUAUUUAUUUGUUUACAAGAAUACUACACGUGAUAUUUUUUUAAUAUAAUCACGAGUCCUGUUAACUCUUUAAUGGUAUUAAGUAAUUUAGUAAGUAAUGAAAAUAAAUUGUUAAGAGCUUUUUGAAAAUUGAUAGAUUUUACAUAGGACAAGUUUCGAGCUUGUGAGAUUUCAAGAAACGUCUAAUGCACUGCGUGGUUGUACAGU